AUAUGUGCAUUGGGUAAUCACUUGCUAUGUAGCCAGAGAAGGCGAAGGCAAAUAUUGAUCAUUUUCCAGAGCUUAUUACUGAAGUUACCCCUCUGACAUCAAGAAUGGACAUAAGUUAACAAUGACGGGAGAAAAGAAGAAGAAAAAGCGGCUGAACCGCAGCGUUCUUCUGGCUAAGAAAAUUAUUAUAAAAGAUGGAGGCAGUCCCCAGGGGAUGGGUGAGCCCAGCGUCUAUCAUGCUGUGGUGGUGAUCUUCCUGGAGUUCUUUGCCUGGGGGCUUCUUACCACACCCAUGCUAACGGUCUUACAUCAAACAUUCCCUCAACACACAUUCCUGAUGAAUGGGCUUAUUCACGGUGUCAAGGGUAUUCUGUCGUUCCUGAGUGCUCCUCUGAUUGGUGCGCUAUCAGAUGUAUGGGGUAGGAAGUCCUUCCUGCUGCUAACGGUCUUCUUCACCUGCGCCCCCAUCCCCCUCAUGAAGAUCAGCCCAUGGUGGUACUUUGCAGUCAUUUCCAUGUCUGGUGUGUUUGCCGUCACCUUCUCUGUGAUCUUUGCGUAUGUGGCGGACAUCACGGCAGAACACGAGAGGAGCACAGCCUACGGAUUGGUGUCCGCUACCUUUGCAGCCAGCCUAGUGACGAGCCCGGCCAUUGGAGCGUACCUGUCGGAGACGUACGGUGACACCCUGGUAGUGAUCCUGGCUACGGCCAUCGCCCUGCUGGACAUCAUUUUCAUCCUGGUGGUUGUCCCCGAGUCGUUGCCUGAGAAGAUGAGACCAGCCUCCUGGGGAGCACCCAUCUCCUGGGAGCAGGCUGACCCCUUCGCUUCUCUGCGGAAGGUGGGCCAGGAUUCCACGGUGCUUCUCAUCUGCAUCACAGUGUUCCUGUCUUACCUACCUGAGGCCGGACAAUACUCCAGCUUCUUCCUCUAUCUCAGACAGGUACAAAGGUUCAGUUCAGAGACUGUAGCUGCCUUCAUAGCUGUGGUGGGCAUUCUCUCCAUUGUUGCUCAGACGAUGGUUCUGGGGAUUCUGAUGCGCUCCAUAGGGAAUAAGAACACUAUCCUACUGGGCCUGGGCUUCCAGAUUCUACAGCUGGCCUGGUACGGCUUCGGAUCACAACCAUGGAUGAUGUGGGCAGCAGGAGCGGUAGCAGCCAUGUCUAGCAUCACGUUCCCAGCCGUCAGUGCCAUCGUGUCCCGCAACGCAGACCCCGACCAGCAGGGUGUUGUCCAGGGGGUGAUAACAGGUAUCCGUGGUCUGUGUAACGGGCUUGGCCCGGCCUUCUAUGGCUUUAUAUUCUACCUGUUCCAUGUGGAGCUGACUGAUCUGGACGCUGUAGACAGCCCUGGGAAAGAACCCAAACCUAACAUGGCCAACCCUGCUGAUGAGAGUUCCAUCAUCCCCGGCCCUCCCUUCCUGUUCGGGGCGUGCUCCGUACUGCUCUCUCUGUUAGUAGCCCUGUUCAUCCCAGAGCACAGUGGCCCGGGGGUCCGGCCGGGAGGCUACAAGAAACACAACAACGGGGCCCAGAGCCACUCACACAGCCCUCCCAGUAGUGGGGCUGAGGGCAAGGAGCUGCUACUGGAUGGCAGCUGUGUAUAACGCCAGCCUGGGGGCACAAACUCCACACUUGCUCCCCCUGAGCCCAAACAAGUGAACCAUUACUUUCACACAUGUACCCAGAUGAGUGGCCUCUUCUUCGGGCAGGGAAGAUGUGUGUGUGUGUCUGAACACCUCGUGGGCUGUGGUUUAUCUGAAGCAGCUGAGUUGUGUGUGAGUGAGACUCUCUUGGUUGAGCUGAUCUCUGCCCUGAGAGUCUUGAGAAGCAGGAAGAGGAUAAAGGAGGUGGGAAUGUAGAGUUCCUGCCAGAGAGCAAUGCAGCACACCCAUCCGUCCCACAUGGGCGGGAUCUGGUUGGCGUGAAGGUCCAAGGUUAUCUGAACUGUUACUAAGCACUGUGUGAAUUAUUCAUCCAAAAUGGCACCCUAGUCCCUAUAUAGUGCACUUCUUUUGACCAGGGACCACUAGGGAAUAGGGUACCGUUUGUGAUGCAACCAAUGUAGCCAAGCAACCCACUCUGACAACAACUGUUCUUUCCCUUAGAGAGUCAGUUCUGCUGGCCAGUUUACAAGCUACCAAACUUCUGUUGUGACUGAUUUUAUUGUCUUAAUGUGGCAGACGAGAAAGCAGGUCUUCCUCUGUGUGUGUGUGUGUGUCCAAAGCUGGGAGAGAAGUUACUGUAUGCGUCCAAAAUGGCCCCCCAUUCACUUUAUAGUGCACUACUUUUGACCAGCCUCUGGUGCACUAUAAAGGGAAUGGGGUGCCAUUUGGGAGGAAAACACUGUAGAACUUGAGAGCCUCUGAAGAUCCAUCUAAGAACCACUACCCAUCCAGAUGGGGACAGCACAAUAGACAUCAACCUUUAACGAUUUUUCCAGAGGGAGUUGAACCUAGCAUUUGACUGACCAACCUCCAUUCCAUUUGAAUAUCACAUUUAGCUGAGUUGUGUGUAAACCACUUUAGUUUUCCGAUGUUUACCUUCCUGUCGUCUGUUCCAUUAGACUAGCAGACAGACAGUACAGGACCUUUUGGGUUGGGUAUGUUUCCUGUUCAUCACUUAAGGCUAGGGUUGCCUUGGAAGUGAUGUUGUCUUCAUAUUUAAUAUAUUACAACAACCUGUAUGAAGACUGUUGUCUGAGGUGGGUCUGUAAUUGUUGCUUUCGCUGCUAUUGGAGCCUUAAGUCAUUUUAGUCUUGUUUUCUAAUUCUACUCCUCACAACCCUCUUCCAUGUGAAUCUAGGCACAACCGUAGUUAACACAGACUGGUAUGACUUUAGUUCUGUUAACAACCGUAGUUAACACAGACUGGCAUGACUUUAGUUCUGUUAACAACCGUAGUUAACACAGACUGGCAUGACUUUAGUUCUAUUAACAACCGUAGUUAACACACAGACUGGCAUGACUUUAGUUCUGUUAACAACCGUAGUUAACACACAGACUGGCAUGACUUUAGUUCUGUUAACAACCGUAGUUAACACAGACUGGCAUGACUUUAGUUCUAUUAACAACCGUAGUUAACACACAGACUGGCAUGACUUUAGUUCUGUUAACAACCGUAGUUAACACACAGACUGGCAUGACUUUAGUUCUGUUAACACACAGACUGGCAUGACUUUAGUUCUGUUAACAACCGUAGUUAACACACAGACUGGCAUGACUUUAGUUCUGUUAACAACCGUAGUUAACACAGACUGGCAUGACUUUAGUUCUGUUAACAACUGUAGUUAAAACACAGACUGGCAUGACUUUAGUUCUGUUAACAACCGUAGUUAACACACAGACUGGCAUGACUUUAGUUCUGUUAACAACUGUAGUUAAAACACAGACUGGCAUGACUUUAGUUCUGUUAACAACCGUAGUUAACACACAGACUGGCAUGACUUUAGUUCUGUUAACAACUGUAGUUAACACACAGACUGGCAUGACUUUAGUUCUGUUAACAACUGUAGUUAACACAGACUGGCAUGACUUUAGUUCUGUUAACAACUGUAGUUAACACAGACUGGCAUGACUGUAGUUCUGUUAACAACCGUAGUUAACACACAGACUGGCAUGACUUUAGUUCUGUUAACAACUGUAGUUAAAACACAGACUGGCAUGACUUUAGUUCUGUUAACAACUGUAGUUAACACACAGACUGGCAUGACUUUAGUUCUGUUAACAACCGUAGUUAACACAGACUGGCAUGACUUUAGUUCUGUUAACAACUGUAGUUAACACACAGACUGGCAUGACUUUAGUUCUGUUAACAACCGUAGUUAACACACAGACUGGCAUGACUUUAGUUCUGUUAACAACCGUAGUUAACACACAGACUGGCAUGACUUUAGUUCUGUUAACAACCGUAGUUAACACACAGACUGGCAUGACUUUAGUUCUGUUAACAACUUUACCAUAGACGGUUUCUGGUUCUUUAUUAACAAAGUGUCUUGAGUGCUGAUCUAGGAUCAGUGUUGCCUGUUAGAUCAUAGUGAAUAUGAUUAUAUGGUCGGGGGACAACCUGAUCCAAGAUCAGCCACUCCUACUCUAAGAUACUUAGUGAAUAAGUUUCCUUAUCUGUAAUGUUGGUAUCAAUGUGAGCACUGAUAUUGUUAAUAAAACGGUCUGUGGUAAUAUUAUUAGGUUCAGUAAAAAUUCAUAUCAUUUGUUGUUCUGCGGUAGGAUAGUAAAGGUUAAAUGUUGUGUGGCAUUAGACAAGACUGCAAAUGUGGUUUUAGCUCCCGUGUCUGACUGCAAAGGUGUUGCAGAUACUACUGUAAAUCUUUGCUGUUGUACUUUUGAAACAAUAGAUUUUUUUUUUGUAAAUGAGCCUCAAGUGCAUUGAAAUAACCAAAUAGAACUGAUUGGUGUCAAAAUGUUGGACAUUUUCAGAAUUUCUAUUUAGUCAAAUUAACUUUUUUGUGCCAUUUUUUAAAAAUGUUAUUAUUAUUUAUGACAAAAAAAACACAAGGAAGGGGUAACAUUAAUGUACUAGAACAUGAAGGACAAACAAUACAGCAUCA